GACGUAUUACGCAGGCGCAAGUUUUACUUGUAGCAGAGUAAAAGGAAAAUAAAAUGGCACAGUGUUCUCUUUGCAAAAAAGAUGCAGAUAAUCAGUGUUCAAGAUGCCACCUAGUUACCUACUGUUCUAAAAAUUGUCAAAAAAUGCAUUGGAAAAAACAUAAAAAAGAAUGUCGACCUUAUACUGAACCUAGUCAAGUAUCCAAACAUUACUUUGCUUGGAGUAGUAAAUGGGAAUACAGUUUUCCAGGCUUCUCAGACGAUGGGUUAUCUGUUAGUUGUUUUGCUCAAAAUAGUCUGGUUACAUCAUUAAACCCUUUUACAGAAGAUCAUUCAUCUUGUGCUGUAAAGGUCUUUACUUACUCAGAUAAACUCAAGGUAGGUGUUUGCACUAAAAACUUUAAGAGUCUCAUGAAAGAUUGGUGGAUGUUUACUGCAGCAGGUAAAAAGUGCGGACCAAAAAAUGUUGAAGAGAAUUAUGGUAAGACGUUCAGUAAAGGUGAUAUUGUUCGUGUAAUAUUAACAGAAAAUUCCUUGUCCUACGAGUUGAAUGGAGAAAAUCUUGGAGAAGCUUUUUCUAAUUUCAAUAAUUCAAAAGAACCUCUUUAUUUGUGUGUUUUGUUGAAUAAUUCCUUUAAUCUCACUCUUGAGAAUAUUGAUAGUUCUUUUUUUGAAAACAGACCAAGUGCAGUGCAUUUAUUGUUUUAGAGCUGAUUUUCGAAUAAAAUAUAUCUAAACUACAGAUUACAGUACGAUUGCUGAUACAGAUAAUAAUACAGAUAGUUUAUUAAUUUUUUUUAUUAAUUAUUAGUUUGACAAUUUUUUAGGUUCAUUUUUAUAUAUAUAUAUAUAUAUACUUAACUAAAUUUGUAUAAAUGUUUUUUCUAAGUGAGACUUUUGUAUAAUA